UCCGACCUCAAUCGCACUCCUUCCUCUGGAGCUCAUCAUGUCUCUUGCACGACAAGAUGCCCCCAGUGAGAUUUGGACCCCGGAAGAUCCUCGAGUACGACGGUCGCUACGGGGUUCUGAUCUGCCACGAGUGCCGGUAUGCGAUCCAGAAGAGCGCGCUGCAGAGCCACCUGCUGCGCCAUAAGAUCUACCGUGCCGACCGCCAGCAGCUGGUCGCUAUGAUUAAUGAGCUCGAUCUUCUCGAGCCUGACGAUGUGUUGCUGCCGCCUCCGGAGUCACCCCCGAUCGACGGGCUGCCGGUCAUCGCGGGGUACCGCUGUACAGCCCCGGGUUGCGCUAAUCUCUGUGCGAGUCUGAAGCGCAUGAAGGGCCAUUGGAGAGAGAGCCAUGGUAUUGCGGAUGCGUCACUCGCGCGUCCAGCCAAGCUACAGACUUUCUUUCGGGGGACUAAGAUCCGCUACUUUGAGGUGACUCCCACGACAGAGGAUGAGGACGAUGAGGAAAACGAGAGCGAGAAUGACGAGGAAGAAGGGGAUGUCGAUUUGGAAGAGCAGGAAGACGACAACGGUGGUCGGCAGUCAACGACGGUCACAACUUCUCCCGGCCCUUCCGCUCCCUCUGUCAACGUGGACCUUGAAACCCUGUCCUACUUUCACCAUUUCAUGUCGGCAACGAGCCUGACAUUACCAUGUCCGCAGGAUAUGCAGUCGGGGGCUCAAUACUGGAAAGAAAAGGCAGUCCCUCAAGCGCUCCAGCAGAGAUGGUUGAUGUGCGGUCUGCUGGCGCUCGCUGCCUGUCACUUGGCCGCAUUCCCGGACAAUGCGGCGGCUGGCCAACAGCACCGCAAACGAGCGGCUGAAUUCUCCCUCGAGUUUCGAACGGGAUGGAGAGAACUGGCCGACACAUCUGGUGAGGGUCUGCGAGAGGUAGCGACCGAGAUUGAGUGUUUGCUACGUUGUGCACAUUGGGCAUUGGCUGAAUCCCCCUGCGAUCAACGCAUCAUGCCAGAGCCGGGCGUACCAGAGCACCUCCAGUCCAUCAUCAGCACCAUUCAGAGUACUGUUCCCGCGGCCGCACCACACGAAGCUGAAACGUCGGCCUACGCGACACGAAUUCUCAGAUGGAACACCUCAGAGGCCGGAAACAGCGUCCUUGCGGAGAUCCGGAACCGUCUUCAUGACCUACCAGCUCGCAUGGCCGAUACCUUUGGGAGACCGGAGAAUAUUCAGGACGUUCUUGUCCUCCUGUCAGCCCUCGCAGCUAUGGGUGAGUGCUGUGACACGAGCUUUGCGUCGGAGGAAGUUGGACCAGCGUGGUGGGGGAUGGCGACCUGGUGGACGCGAGUGCCGCUUCGUUUCAAGGAGCUGGUGGCACGCCACUAUCCAGCAUCUCUCGUGGUGGUCGCCCAUUGGGCAGCACUGAUGGUCAAUCGAACCGAGCGCUGCGGAUGCUGGCUAGUCAAGGGGUUGGCCAUGACGAUCUUACUACGGAUCGCUGAGCGACUGCCGGAGGACGAUGACGGAAAUGUGCAGCGGCUUGUUGCGCUUACUAUUGCGGCCUAG